AUGAAGAUCAAAACGAUAAGCAGGAGCACUGACGAUUAUGUCCCUGUUAAGAGCACCCAAGAAUCGCAGCUUCCACGCAACUUAGAUCCCGCACUGCAUCCAUUUGAGAGAGCUCGUGAAUACACCAAAGCUCUGAACGCCACAAAGAUGGAAAGAAUGUUUGCAAAGCCGUUCGUUGGUCAACUGGGAUAUGGCCAUAGAGACGGGAUCUACACAAUUGCCAAAAACUACAAUGCGCUUAACAAAUUGGCCACGGCAUCUGCUGAUGGUGUCGUCAAGUACUGGAAUAUGUCUACCAGAGAGGAGUUAUGCUCAUUCAAAGCACACUAUGGACUUAUUCAUGGCUUAUGUGUCACUCCUCAACAGUUCUCUCCCAACAAGAAUGAAAAUUACAUGCUUUCUUGUGGUGAUGACAGAACUGUCAAAUUGUGGUCUGUGAACACUGACGAUUUUUCGUCCAUCAAAAACGAUGAAGAAAUAGUUGAUUCUGGCAACGGUAUAAAAAAGACGUACCAUGGCGACCACGCGUUUUUAGGUAUCGAUCACCACAGAUCAAAACCCACAUUCGUCACAGGUGGCGCUCAAAUUAAUCUAUGGGACACAUCAAGAUCUAGACCAAUUUCAAACUUGUCUUGGGGUGCAGAUAACGUUUCCACGGUUAAAUUCAAUCAAAAUGAGACCGAUAUUUUUGCAAGUGCAGGGAGUGAUAACUCGGUUGUUCUUUAUGACUUGAGGACCAACUCGCCCACCCAGAAGUUUGUACAAAGAAUGAGGACAAAUGCCAUUUGUUGGAAUCCCAUGGAGGCUUAUAAUUUUGUGGUUGCAAAUGAAGAUCAUAAUGCUUAUUAUUACGAUAUGAGAAACUUAUCGCGUGCUGUGCAUGUUUUCAAAGAUCACGUAAGUGCUGUUAUGGAUGUUGAUUUUUCGCCAACCGGUGAUGAAAUCGUAACAGGGUCUUACGAUAAGACCAUCAGAAUAUACCAGGUGAAACAUGGUCACUCUAGAGAAAUUUACCAUACCAAGAGAAUGCAGCAUGUGUUCCAAGUCAAAUACACCAUGGAUAGUCGCUACAUCGUGAGCGGUUCUGAUGAUGGUAAUGUGAGACUGUGGAGAGCAAAGGCAUGGGAUAGGUCUUCUGUGAAAUCUACCCGUGAGAAGAAUAAACUGGAAUACGACGACAAAUUGAAGGAUAGAUUCAAGAAUAUGCCUGAAAUUAAAAGGAUCAGUAGGCACAGGCAUGUUCCUAAGGUAGUGAUGAAAGCCGGGGAGAUUAAAAAGGUGGAACUUGAUAGUUUGAAGAGAAGAGACAUGAAUGAGCGUAGAACUAAUAGAGACUUAUCCUUCGUUCCUGAAAGAAAGAAACAAAUUGUUGGGGUUGUGCAUGAGUACAAGAACGACAAAAAUAACAAAGGUGAAGAGACACAUCAAGAGUAG